GAGCGGGAGCGACAGGCGAAGGAGGCGGGCAGGAUCAUGUCGAAGGACGAGGUGGUUCGGCUGUUCCAGUCACAUGAAAGUCAGUGGCAGAAGCUGACUAAAGGGAAGAUUGAGAAUGUUAUUUGGGAUGCGUUUCCUUGGCCGAUGAUUAAGAAGCCGAAGGACGUUGCGGAUAUAAAUGCUGGUGCGAUACAAGCGUAUGUGCUUAAUCCGCAUUUUCCAAAUAAUAAUGGCAAAGGGGAUAAGGACAAGAUUAAGGAGCAGAUUCGAAGAUGGCAUCCGGAUCGUUUUGAGAGGCUCAUGCCUCGGGUCGCAGAGGGCGAUAGAGACAGAGUCAGGGAAGGCGGGGGCGAGGUGGUCAGGGGAUUGAACGAUUUAUUG